AUGCUUCCCGCCUCGCGAUUCGCGGCCGCAAUGGCCCUCCGAGUCAAGCCCUCGAUGGCCAUUGCCCCCUUCCGAACCACCACCGCCGCCUUCUCGACCAAUUCUCGUCGCGAUGCCAGUGCCCUGCAGACCCAUUCGGUCUCCUCGGGUCUUGCCAAGGCCCGCAAGGAGGUCCCUCUUCCCAGUGAGGAGGGUACCAAGAGCGUCAUCCAAUACGCCCUUACCACCCUCGAUGUGAUAGCCAACUGGGCUCGUCAAUCCUCCCUCUGGCCCAUGACUUUCGGUCUUGCCUGCUGCGCCGUCGAGAUGAUGCACCUUUCCACCCCACGCUACGAUCAGGAUCGUCUCGGUAUCAUUUUCCGAGCUUCUCCCCGACAGUCCGACGUCAUGAUCGUUGCCGGUACCCUCACCAACAAGAUGGCUCCCGCCCUCCGACAGGUCUACGAUCAGAUGCCCGACCCCCGCUGGGUCGUCUCCAUGGGCUCUUGUGCCAACGGUGGAGGUUACUACCACUACAGCUACAGCGUCGUCCGCGGCUGCGAUCGUAUCGUCCCCGUCGACGUCUACGUCCCCGGAUGCCCCCCCACCAGCGAGGCCCUCAUGUACGGCAUCUUCCAGCUCCAGCGCAAGAUGCGCAACACCAAGAUCACCCGCAUGUGGUACCGACGAUGAAGAGAUGGAGUGAGCAUGGUUGAGGAGUUGCCUGCCCCCUUGGUUUUGGACGACAGGCCACGAGGCAAAAGGAAGGAUUGGACAGCAGGGCUGGGACAGAAGACACACCGAGGUGCUGGUGUGGCCCAUUUUGUCAGGAUUUGGAUGAUUUUGGAGUGCAUUGAUCAGGGAGAGGAAUCAAAGAGGCCGUGUAAAGAGGAUGGCGGCACCAAAGACGUCUUUCUUUUGUUGUUACCGGGUGUACAUACUGGGGUUCCCACCGGUAGAAUGGUAGAAGGAAAUGCAAUUUUGUACAACACCACGC